AUGAGUAAGAAAUUGGAAAAUAAAAAAUCCGGUAAGAGGUCAUGGAUAAACAUAUUCGGUAAAAAAGGAAAUGAUAUAGAUGAAUUCGAAGAUACUAAUGUUUCAAAAGGUGAAAAACAAAAUGAUGAUGAUGAUGAUCAGAAUUAUGAUGAAACUGGAUUUGUAAUUAAUCAUAUAGAUUUUGAUUUGUUUUGUAUGAAAAAUAAAGAAACUAGUGAUGAUAUAAAUAAAAAUAGUAAUUGUGAUAGUGAUUUAAAUAGGGAGAAUGGUGAAAGAAUAGACGAGAAUAGUUUAAGAUUUAUAGGAAAAACAUAUGAUAUGUUGAAAGCAAGAAAAUUUAAUUUCAAUGAUUUAAAAAAAGUUGAAAAUUCUCAAUAUUUUGAAAAAAUAAUAUGGUCAAAAUAUAAUAUGUAUGACAAUUUAUACACAUUAAGUAACAAUAACGUGUUUUUUUUAAAUGAUAAUGUGGAAGAUAAUAAGUUACAUUUAUUAUAUAUAAAACAUAUUUUAUCAUUAAUUGUUUUAAUUUGUUAUAAAUAUGAAGAAAAGGGAAAACAUGAAAUAUGGGAUCAAAUAAUUUACAAUAAAAUAGACGAAUUUGAAAAGCUGGUAGAAGUAGAAAAAAAUGGACACCUCGAUGAGGAUGCUAAUGAAAUAAAUGAAAGAUUUAAUUUAUAUAAACUUUUUUUAAUACAAAAGUUUAAUAAUUUAUUUUACAACGUUUUGAAAUUGAUAAAUUAUAAUUUUGUUUUCAAUGAAUAUAAUGGGAAAACAAGUAAAAAUGAUGCUGAUCAUAAAGACAAUUUUUAUAAAGAAAUAAAAGAUUAUAGGAAGUGUUUAUUUAAACUUGAUUUUUUAGAAAAAUCAUUUGUAAUUCAAUUUUUUAUAAACAUAUAUUCAAGCAUUGAUAAGAAAUUUCUUUUCAAGUUGUGCUUGGAUUUGUGUAAUCCUUUUAUAUGGAAACGUAUAAAUUACGAUUAUUUAAAUUUUUUUUUGUUUAAAAAAAACAAAGAUGCGAAGAAUCUUUUUGAUAAUAUAUCAAAAAUGAUGGAAAAAAAAUAUUUGAAUAAUAAAAAAUAUGGUGAAAUAAAUGUAUAUACUAGUAAUUGUAAAAUAACUUUUGAAAAUGAUAACCAUGAUGCAAAGAUAAAUGAGUACGAUGAAAAUAUUAUAUUAUUUAUAAAUAAAAAUGAGUUUUUUUACAACUUGAUAAAUUAUUUUUUAAUAAUUUUAGAUAUUAUUGAAGGGGAAUUCACAGAAUUUGAUGAGUUAAGUAGUAAUUCAUCUAUUUCUUCUUGUAGUGACAACGAUAUUGACGAUUUAGAAUUAGAAGAGUAUGAACAUAACCUGAGGCUUCUUCAUUCUGAACAGAGUCAUAAUAUCAAUAAUUUAGAAAAAUCAAAUUUACCUGAUAAAGAAGGUGAUUCUGGUUAUGGACUACUCGAAGAAAAGACUGAUAGCAGUGAUGAAGAUCAAGAUGAUAAUUUGAUGAAUAAUACAAAAAAUAAUAAUAAUAAUAAUGAAGAAGGAGUGGAAAAUGAUGAUUCAAUAGAAUUUUAUUUAAUGCAUGGUUUUAGCGAUGAUGAAAGAGACAACAAGUUUGGUGAUAUUAAUGAAUAUAAAAAGGAGGAAAUAUUAGAAAUGUUUUUGAAGUAUGAAAAUAAAUUGAAGAAUAAAAAAUAUGCUACAAAGAACAUGAGGAAAAAAGUGAAAACAAAUCGUAAACAAAGAAACAAAUAUAUAAUACUGUUUGUUGAAAAAUGUAUUGAAUUUUUUAUCGACUUAUUAAGCCAGCUUUACUCAAGAAGGAUAUUAUAUAUUUUGAUGAAAUAUUUUAACAUCUUUAUUUAUUGUAAAAUAUCAAUUUUAAACAAAAAUAAAAAGUUUAAAGAAUUAAUAAGGCUUUUUAAAUAUUAUAUUGAAAUGUAUAUAAAUAAUUUUUCAGGAGAUUCACUAACUUAUUUAGAAAUAAACAAUGAACAUUACAAAAACUUUGAAUACUUUCAAGUUUUUUGCUAUAAGCAUUUUCAAAAACACGAGGUAUUGCAAAAAUAUUAUUUAAAAUCCGUUUUUUUAAUGGAUAAGAAAAAGGAAUUAUUAACAAGCUUUUCUAAAUUAAAAAGUGACGAAUUAUUGUUUUUGUGUAAGAAUUUAAAAUACAUUGUUACACCUGAGGAAGAGAAUGAUAACGAAAAUUCCACAACAGGAAUAUCAAAUAGCAAUAAUAAUAUCUAUGUUUUUGAACAUAUGAGAAUAUUUGAUAAAAAAAACAAAUUAUUUUAUAUAACUUUAUUAAUGGAAAACUUGUGUUUUAAAAGUAAUAUAUUUGAAGAUAUUGAUAAGCAGUGUGAGUAUCCUAACGAAAAGGAUUUAUUUGAAAAUAUUUUAAUUGAUACAAAAGAUGAUUUAAAAGAUAAAAAAAGAAAACGAAAAAAAACAUUUCUUUAUACAAAGCCUUUGUUUAAAUUAAAUUUGCAAUACUUAUGUAUAAACGAUUAUAUAUUUAGGAUAUAUAAUUUGUUCAAAUUACAGAGCUAUCAUGAUAUAAGGAAAGAUAUAAUUGAUUAUGUAUAUGAGACUAAUCCCAAAAAUAAAAAAGUAAACGAUAAUACGAUAUGUAAAUAUGUUUUUGAAAUCGAUGAAAAUAAUAUUAACGAUGAAUAUGAUGCAGGAAGAGGAGAAGAUGACCCCAAUUUUGUAAAUUUCGAUACCAAAGUAAAUUCAAGGAAUCAAAAUAGUAGUAAUAGUAUUAUCAAUUUUGAAAAAAAAAGGAAAACAUAUGAUAAUGAAGAUUUGAAAGAAUAUAAAAUGAUAGAUAAUAAUGGGAAUAGUUCAUAUAGUUAUAAAUUAUAUAAUGAAUAUCAAUUAAAUUCCAUCGUAUACGAUGUGAAUAAACUUGAUAAUACAUACUUUGCUAAUGAAAGGCGAAUGAGUAAUAAAAUUGACUCAUUUAAGAUUGUAAAUGUUGAUAUUACUACUAAAAAGGUGACUGCUGAAAUUUUAAUAGAUUUAAAAUAUAAACAAUAUGAAAAAGUUUACAACGAAUGGAAUAUGAUUAGAACUUCUGAUAUUUUAUUUUUGGUUAGUGUAAAAAAUUACACAAAUUAUUAUAAAAAUAAAAUAAAUAUGAUUAAUGAUAAUGAUUUAAAAAAUUUGCUAGGAAUUAAUUAUUUAAGAGGGUGUGAGGUAAUUCAAUAUGGCAAUGCUUUCGAAACUGACGAAGGUGAUGAAAAUUAUAAAAAAUGUACUUUGAAAAAAAUAACAGUAUAUUUGGAUUAUGCACAGUAUCAAAGAGAUAUAGUAGUAAAUCCUGAUAUAUAUAACUCAUUUAAUUUAUUAAUAAGACGAAAACAGAAGGAAAAUAAUUUUUAUUAUAUUUUAAAUAAUAUUAAAACUUUAAUAAUGAACCCAGAUGAUGCAGUUAUACCAUCAUGGGUGCACGAUAUAUUUUUAGGAUAUUGUAAGAAUUCAAUAAAAUAUUAUCAAGAUUAUUUACCUAAAAAGGAAAAUACGGAGAUUGUAGGUGAUUUAUAUAGUGACGACUCAGAUGAUGAAAGUGAUACUACAACUAAAAAUAAUAAGGAAAAUAUGGAUAAGAAUGUGAAAGGUUCAAAAAAAAAAUUAGCUUACAAUAAAGAAAAUUUAAAUUUUAUAAAAAAAAAUAUUGAUGAUAUUAAUUAUUUAAAUACAUUUUUAAGCAUUAAACAUGCACUUAGCACAACGAAUGGUGCAUAUGUGUGUAUAGACUUAUCCCAUAUAAAUAUAUCAAAUGAAAAUAAUAAAAUAAAUAUAAAAAAUAUAAUAAAUGAAUAUAUUGAGCCAUUGUUUUUAAGUUAUGUUCCAAUAAAAUAUGAAAAUGAAAAAAAAUCCCUCCAAAAAAAUUCAUUACAAAAAAGUAUGUUGGAAAGUUUAUAUUAUCAUAUUUGUAUAAUUAAUAAGUACAAAAUUGAUGAUAUGAAUUUUGUUUCUAAAUUUACAUCAAAUAUUAAAGGUGUAUACUAUUAUGAUAAUGAAUUUUUUUUUAAUUUUGAAUUUAAUGAGAAGGAAUAUAUUUUAAUUUUAAACAAUUAUAUUGAUAAAGAGCUUCGUAAGGAGGAAGCUGAAAAGAUUUUAAAAAAAAUAAAAAUACGUGCAGAAGCCAAUGAAGAAGAUUGUGGUAUAUUAAUAAAUGAUAGUAAGGGAAUAAAAGAAAUCUUUGAGCAUAUAUUAAAUAAUUCAAUAAAACAUUUAAGUACAAAAGAUGAUAUAUAUAGGAUACAAAAUAAUAUAUAUGAGGAUCCAAAUUAUCCACUUGAAGGUCUUUUAAUACAUUCUCAAAAAAAAAAUAGUACAAAUGUGGAACUAGCUAAAAAAGAAAGCAAUGAAAAUGAUGCUAAAAAUAAAAUAAAUUAUACAAAAAGGCAAAUUGAAUGUAUAAAAAGUGGCUUAUAUGAAGGUAUUACAAUAAUCGAAGGUGUUCCAGGUAGUGGAAAAACAAGCAUAUUAAAUAAAAUAAUAAAUAUAUUAUUUAAUAAUAAAAAACAGGAGAAAAUUCUUAUAUGUACACAUAGCAACAGUUGCUUAAAUUAUAUUUUUAAUUUGCUCGUUAAGGAAAAUUUAAUUCAUCAAAAAUAUUUGUGUAGAGUUGGUAUGGGGGAAGUAGAUAUAGAAAAUUUAAGAAAUGAAUAUGAGGAAUUGGAAAAAAUGUUAUCAAAAAAUGGGGAUAACAAUUUUGGAGAAUCUCCUGAUUUGGUAAACAAAUUAAAUAAUGUUUCUUUACAUGAUGAAGACGAUAAUUUUAAUUUUUCAAAAUAUGGAAGAAUAAAUUAUAUGAUUGAUUUAAGAGAAAAAUUAUUGAAUGAUGCCAAUCUAUUAUCAGAGUCAACUAAUAAUAAUAAAAUUUAUAAUUGUUUAUCUGCUAAUCAAUAUUAUGAAAAUGUUGUUAAAAAAAGGGUUUCAAAAUUUUUAAAGUAUGUUAAUAUGUUUAAAAAAAAUGAAGAUGAGGAUAUGGAUAAGAUUUUUAAUUCAUAUAUUACAUCAUGUAUUGACGAUCAAGAUAUAUAUAACUUAUUUUUGUGCUCCAAAAUAUAUGUAAAAAAUACUGAUGCUGUGGAAAAUAUUAUAUGGAAGAGUGAAAAUGCAAAUGCAUACAAUUGUAAAGGGAUAGAAAACCAAAAGAUAUUAGAUGAGGAUAAAGCAUGCUUUUAUUUUAUACAUCCUAAGGAUCAAAUUAAUACAUUAAAUUUGAGCAUAUAUCAUGUUUUAUUCCCUUUUAAAAAAUACAUAAAUUUGAAAUUAUAUAAAGUUGACAUUGAUUUAUACUUGAAUUAUAUAAGUAUAUUUGCUAGUAAAAAUAUAAAAAAUAAUGAAAAAAAAGAAAUAACCGAAGAUUAUUCAGAAAGUGUAGAAAGUUCAAAUAAUCAACAAGCUGAUAAGGGUAUUGGUGAGGAAGAGAAUGAUAAUUGUGAUAUUAAAGAGGGGAUCAAAGAAAAAUAUUAUGAUAUAUUUAAAGGUGAUAUUGCAAAUGAUAUGAUUUUUGGAACGGAUGACGAUUUUUAUGUGAGUAAAUAUUACAUAUCAAAAAUAGUAAUGAUCUUUGAGCACCUUCAUGAUUGUAGGCCAUUUGAGAUAUUAAAAAGUCAGAAAGAAAGAGGAGUUUAUAUAAUAACAAAAUUAGCAAGAGUCAUUGCAAUGACUUGUACACAUGCAAGCAUAAAUAGAAGUAAAAUAGCAAAGUUACAAUUUUAUUUUGAUAAUAUUAUAAUCGAUGAAUGCACACAAAUAACGGAAAAUGAUACAUUUUUACCAUUAUUACUUCAAGAAAAUAGAUAUCAUAAAAGUAAGUUAAAAAGAAUUAUUUUUGUAGGAGAUUCAAAUCAGUUACCUCCUAUAAUAAAAAAUAAAUAUAUAAAAAAUUAUGCUAAUUAUGAGCAAUCAUUAUAUAAAAGAUUUUUAAGAUUAGAUUUACCAUCAAUUUAUUUAAAUGAGCAAGGACGUAUGAGAAAUGAAAUAUGCAAUGUUUAUAAAUAUUUUUAUAGUAAAUAUAAUAUACAAAUUGAAAAUUUAGACUGUAUAAAUAAGGAUAAAUUUUUAAAGAAUUUUAAUCCGGGAUUUACAUAUACGUAUCAAUUUAUACAUGUGGAAUCAGAAGAAUAUACACCAGUUCCAUAUUUCUAUCAAAACUUAUUAGAAGCAGAAAUGGCGGUUGCUAUUUUUAUGUAUAUGAGGCUGAUAGGGUACCCGAAUGAAAUGAUAACAAUUUUAACUACAUAUAAUGGUCAAAAAGAAUUAAUAUUAGAUAUUUUAAAAAAGAAUUGCUUAUAUAAUAAAUUAAUCGGCAUACCCAAAAAAGUAACAACUGUUGAUAAGUAUCAAGGUAAGCAAAAUGACUUUGUUAUUAUUUCAUUAGUUAGAUCAAAAAGUAUUGGAUAUAUGAAAAAUAUUAAAAGAUUGAUUGUUGCAUUUUCACGAGCAAGAUACGGAUUAUAUGUUGUUGGGAAUUACAACUUAUAUAAAAAAAAUUAUGAAUUUAAAAAGCCAUUAUAUUUUUUUAAGAAAAAUAAAUUAGAUCUUUCGCUACAAAUGAAUGAAAAUUUUAAUUCUAUAGAAAGAGAAUGCAAUAAUCCUCCAGUUAUCAUAAAAGAUUUGAAUCAAUUUUACAGUGUUUUAUACUCGUUAUCAAAUGCACAAUUAAGCAAUGACUCGAGUAUUACUGACAAAAAAUAA